ACAAGCCAACCAGAAUCCAAAGAAGAAAAGCCAGAGGGCGGUAUUUUUAAAUGUGUGUUGAAAACGGGAUCAAUGUUGAACAACGCUCGAUAUAAACAUUUAUAAAAAUGAUGGAUUCGUGCUUCAACAACCAAAAACCGGGGAGAGUUGGACCCGUGGUUGUUGAUGAUUUAAAGAGGGAUCUGUUCGCAGAUUUCUCUGCCGUCCCCUCCAUGCCCAAGAACUCAGUGCUGUUAGAAAAGGAGCAUUUACGGGUCUACCUCCGCAUACGUCCUUUCACCUCUGCGGAGGAUGAGAGCGGGGAAGCUCAGGAUUGUGUCACCAUGGAGCCACCCGACAAGGUGGUUCUGAAGGCUCCCAGCUGCUCUCUGUCAUCCAGGCUCAGUGAGAGACCUGUCUCACACACUGCCCAAAAGUUCCAGUUCUCACAUGUGUAUGGUCCAGAGACCACCCAAAGAGAGAUGUUUGACGGGACAGUGAAGAGUCUGGUCAAAGAUGUGCUUGAGGGAGGGAACUCUCUGGUCUUCACCUAUGGAGUCACCAACGCUGGCAAGACCUUCACCUUCCUGGGCCCAGAGAGUGACGGAGGCCUGUUGCCCAGGUCUUUGAACGUGAUCUUUGGCAGCAUUGAGGGCCAUGUGUUCACCCAGAACCACAUCAAGCCUCACCGCUGCCGAGACUUCACCCGCCUCACCAAGGACCAACAAGAAGAGGAGGUUACCAGCAAGCGGAACUUAUUCAGGCUUCUAAAGGAGAGUGACAGCCAGAGGAGCACAUCAAGUCUGAGCAGUUCCAACUGUUCUUCUCUGAACAUGAGUGACAGUCUGGGUGAGGACAGUUUCUGUCUGGACAUGGACACGCACACCAAGUUCUCCGUCUGGGUGUCGUUUUGCGAGAUCUACAACGAGAACAUCCACGACCUGCUGGAGCCCCUCCCCAACGGAGCCCAGCGCAGAACCGUGCUGAGACUCUCUCAGGACAUCAAGGGAAACUCCUUCAUCAAAGAUCUGAAGUGGGUACAGGUCAACAGCUCAGAGGAGGCCUACAGAAUCAUGAAGAUCGGCAAGAAGAACCAGAGCUUCUCCAGCACCAAGCUCAACCACGUCUCCAGCAGGAGCCACAGCAUUUUUUCCAUCCGCAUCCUGAGGAUAGAAGAUGUGGGAGUACCCAGAGUUCACACCAUCAGCGAGUUGUCCUUGUGUGAUCUGGCUGGCUCAGAGAGGUGUGCCAAGACUCACAACAGAGGAGACCGCCUUAAGGAGGCAGGGAACAUCAACACCUCUUUGCUGAUCCUGGGGAAAUGCAUCACUGCCUUAAGACUCAACCAGCAGGCCAAGUUCCAGCAACAUGUGCCCUUCAGGGAGAGCAAGCUCACCCACUACCUGCAGGGCUUCUUCUGUGGCCGGGGCAAGGCCUGCAUGAUCGUCAACAUUAACCAGUGUGCCUCUAUGUAUGAUGAGACACUUGGCGUGCUCAAGUUCUCGGCCGUUGCUCAGAAGGUGGUGGUUGUCAACCCAAGGCCAUUACCCAUUGUUGCCCCCAAGAGGUCGGCGAGGGAAGUGUCUCUGAUCAUAAACAACGCCGACCGUUCCUGGGGUCGUAGGAAGAGCUCGCUGGUUGCCUGGGAAACCACACUGGAGGAUGUCCAGGAGGAUGAUGAUGAUGAUGACGAAGAUGAUGAUGAAGAGGAUGAGGGGAGCUGUGAAGAGAGCAUGGCAGAGGAGACUAUUCUAGAGGCUGGAGAGGGGGAACAGACAGCAAUGGAGGAGGACUUGGACCAGCAGUGUGAGGUGGCAGAGCUGAGGCAGAGGCUUCAGAAAGAGGAGGAGGACAAGCUGGCUCUGGAAUCCCGUAUCAGAGAGGAGGUCACCAACGAGUUCAUGGAGCUCUUUUCCAAAAUAGAAGAAGAUUACAAUGAGCGCCUGCUGAAGGAGCGUGAGAUCAUGGAGGAGCGUUCGGACAAGCGUCUGGAAAUCCUGAGGAGCCUGGUCAGCAAGAGUGUCAAUGAAUGUUCUAGCGUCACCUCCGACCUGGACACCACCAAGGAGGAUAAGGUGUCUCUGUUGGAGGGCAUCAUGGAGACCAUGAGGCUGGACCUGGGCCGGAUCAGACGGGAGGCGGAGGCCGCCCACACCUGUCUGGCGGAGGCGGAGCCAGCUGCGUCUCCAGGCGUCCCAUCCCGCCUCCAGGCCCAGGUGGAGCACCUGUCCGCCCAGCUGCUGCACUCACAGCAGCAGCUGCACCUGCAGACCAACGAGGUGGAGCAGAUGGCUGUGGAGAAACAGACGAUUCAAGACCAGUUUCAAGAGACCAAGCAGAGUGUGGAGCGACAGAUGGGGAAGGUGCAGGAGCUGAUGGAGAUCUGUCUGCAGAAGGAUGAGAUGAUCUCAAAGUUGCAGACAGCCAUGGGCCUCACUGUGGAAGAGGCCACCAGAGACAGGGAACUGGUGGAGUCCAUCAGACUGGAGAUCCUGGAGCUCAGAAAGACCUGCAAUUGUGUCAGAAAAGACCAUGAUGGAGCGAUGCGGAGGAGUAUUGAAGAUGGGGAGAUGAGGAAGAGUGAGAGCAGGAAGCGCAGUGCGGACCCUCUGGAAGAGCCCCUCCACCUGCCGGCCUUGAAGAGAGGUGUAGCGAUGGAGGAGUGUGUGUCUUCAGGCCCGGAGGAGCUGAGGAGACUGCAGGAGGAGUGUGGUCGUAAGGACCAGGUCAUCUCCCAGCUCCAAGCUCAGCAGCAGGCCCUACAGGAGAGGCUGGAGAGGAUGGAGGCAGAGGCUGGGAGGACCAGUGAGGAUCAGAAGGAAAAGGGGGAAUUGAACAUGAGGGUGAGUGCAGAGGCCAAGCAAGCACGUGUGGCCCUGCAGCAGACCGUGGACAAGUUGACCUCUGACCUGGAAGCUCAAACGGAGGAAUGGGAGGUGCUGGCGACCUCCCUGGAGAAGGAGAGGAGGGACACAGCCCGUCUGACUAAGGAGAACAAGGCACUGGUCAACGGAAUCUUCCAGCUGCAGGUUACCUCUGAGAAGGCGGGGUCGGAGGUCACUGAACUGCAGGCUAAACUCCGCCUCCAGUCCCAGACAACCAAUCAGCUCUCAGAAGAGCUGGCCAACGCCAAAACACUCCAGAAGGAGCUGGAGGACCAAGUAAGGGAUAAGACCAAGACUGUGGAAGCUCUGACACAGGAAGUGGACCGGCUGAAACAGGAAGGAGAGAAGCUGAGCAAGGAAGUAGUCCGAGUUGGACAGGAAGCCGAAAACAAAGUCGAAAAGGUGUCAUCAGAGCAGAAGAGCGCCACCUCUGGUUUCCACGCCACCAUGGAUGCUCUGAGAAAGGAGUGCGAGUUCGCUGUUGAAAGGUCGGCCCAGAGGGGUCGGCAGGUGGCCGACCUGCAGCUGGAGGUCACGGAGAUUAAAGGUCAUCUGUGUGAGAGGGAGGAGGAGUGCGGUCAGCUCAGACUGGAGCUGGAGACCCAGCAGGCCCUGGCCCAGACCCAACUCAACCAGGCUGAGACACAGACCACAGCCAGGGCUCUGCAGACCUCCACCGCCCUGCAGGCGGAGGUGGGUCUCCUGACGGAGCAGCUGAGGGCCUCUGAAGCGAGCUGCACCAGAGGGACUGAGCUGCAGAGGCAGCUGGCUGAGAGAGAGGCUGAAUGCACAGCUCUGCAGGAGAGACUAGAUGAGGCCAAGAGAGAGGUGGGCAGACGAGCAGAGGAGGAGGAAAACCAACAGAGUCACCCAGGCACCCAGGCUAACGAGCGCCUGAUAGCAGGCAUGCGAGAGGCUCUCUCGGAGCAGGAGAGGACCCAGAAGGAGCAGGAGGACGCUCUGGAGGACCGGGUCAGGGAGAUUGAGACGCUGACCCAAGAGCUGACCAGCCUGAAGGAUGGCUGCCUCCUGAAGACCUCUGCAGCAGCUAAUGAGCUCCCUGGUGGAGAGGAGCUUCUGAAGAGAAGAGAGGAGGAGGAGGAGAGGGCUCGUAGGGCGGAGGCCCUGAGAGAAGAGGACAGGGCGAGGGCGGAGGAGCGGUGGAGAGGAGAGGUAGAGGCCCUCGGCGAGGAGGUGAGGAGGCUCCAGCAGAGCGGUGCUGAGAAGGAGCGCAGGCUGCUGGAGCUGCAGGAGCAACUCUGCCUCCAGACACCAGAGGUGUUGGAGAUGAGUACAGAGGGGGGCCGGGAGUCUCGGUUCCCCAGACCGGAGGUAGAGAUCCAGUUCUCUACCCUGCAGCCCAACACAUUUAACCUGCGUCGUCAGGGAGACGCACACUCCACCACCGUCAAGGUCACAAAGAGAAAGAGUGUUGAGAUGGUGUCUGUAGGGAGUGAGAACAGGAAGAACAAGCGCCUGAGAGGAACCCCCAAGGUCAACCUGCAGUCUCCCACAGUGCUGCGAGUGAAGUCGGAGCAGAGGAACCAGCAGUCUCCUGCCAGCCUAAAGGCCAAAAAGGACAAGACUCUGCAGAAGAUCGGAGACUUCCUACAGAGCUCACCCACUCUGCUGGGGAGCAGAGCCAAGACCAUUAUGGGCAUGGUGAACGGCAGGUCUGUGGAUCAGGAGAAGCCCUCAGGCCCUCACACCAAACCCAAGAGGACCAGGAGGAAGCUGUACAAGACUGACAUCUCAUCUCCUGUGGACAUCCUCUCCCACCCGAUCAUCGGACUAGAUCAGGAAGAGAAGGAGAGCGAUCACCUGAUUAUCAAGAGACAGCUAAGGUCCAGGACGAUCAAGAAAUGAACUAAACAGCAAGUGAUGGCACAUCACAAGCAAGAAAUGUAACAACAAAAAAAGUAUUUGUCUUUAACAUACUCAAGUGGGGUUCUUGCUCCACUUUGUCUCAAAGUGCAGCUGUAUUGUCUCGCCGCCUCCAUACACUUGACCACAACCAAGAUAUGACCAAGCAAUCAACAGGACAUGGCAAGACUGAAAUUCAGAGUUUUGAAACUGAGAGGUCUGUGAUAUAAAGACUGACUCCUCAUCAAUACUGGCAGGGAAUUGAUAUGCAUACUUGCAGUUUGAACAUUAGAAUACUUUUUUGUGUGUGUGUACUAUUUUUAUAUAUCGCAUUUCUUUCACGUCACAAGUUUGCUUCAUCGGAAUCAAAUGGGGAAUCAAAAUGAGUGUCAGCUGCAUGUAUUUAUCUUUUAGGGUAAAUCUGUCUUUGUAAAACAAAACAUGCUGGGUUUGUCAGACCAUGGGACAGUCGGAGAGGACUGGUGUUUGUAGUUUUAUACAGUUUUUUCUUGUGCUGUAUAUAGUUUUUGUGUAUGUCAAAGGCCAAGUGUAGAAUGUCACUGUCAUCUAUCUUUUGUUGUCAGUAGUCAGACAGGGGGGGGGGUGGAGACGUACUCAUUUGUCAAACACAAGUUCGUUCUGUCUACACUCUCCCCAUCUCUCUUUCUCCCUCAGAAACGCUUGUGUCCUGGACAGGUCACUGGUCUAGCCAAUCAGAGCAAGUCUCAGGUGGCCUAUUAGCGUGCCAUUGGCCAGUGUUUGUCUUUGUCAUUGCAACUGUCUUUGUAUGUGUCAGUGAUGAUUAAAUACUUUGAUCUCCUGCAGA